CUUCCCACUUUGCGAAUGUGUUUGUAUAUUUGUGUCCACACAUAUAUCUCUAUAUAUGGAAGCUGGACCCCACCCGACUGGUUUCUUUCCCCCGGAGACAUCUGACUGACACCAUACCUGGCGUUCCAGCAGAGAAAGGAGAAAACAGGCAGACAGAAUGGCGUACCAGACGGACGUGAUCAUCGACUCCCAGCCGCAGGGGGGCAUGGGCACCAGCUACACCUUCAGCAGCCAAGGGGCCUGGGGCUCCGACCUCUGCGACUGCUGCGGGGACAUGGGCGCCUGCCUCUGUGCCACCUUCGUGCCCUGCAUCUUCGCCUGCCGCGUGGCGGAACAGGCCGGAGAGUGCUGCUGCCUCCCCUACCUGCCUGGCACCCUCGUCGCCCUCCGCACCGGAGUCCGGGAGAGGUACCACAUCGAGGGCUCCAUCUGUUCGGACUGGGUGGUCAUGUCCUGCUGCCCCCUCUGCGGACUCUGCCAGCUCUCCAGGGAACUGAACAACAAGAACUGAGGAAACAAGGCUGGAAUUCAAACACAGGACCGCCUUCCUGCAAAGGAGCAGGAAGAAACAGCCCACCAUCCAAACAUGAGUCGUAAUGAAUAAAAUAUAUACCUUGGUAUAUGUAAUUUUCUCAA